GUCUGGUUUACAAUGUGACUCCGUACAUGGACUACCACCCAGGAGGAGAAGAGGAGCUGAUGAAGGCAGCAGGGAUAGAUGGCACAGACCUCUUUGAUCAGCUGUAGCCCCUCCACCACCUCCAGUAGGUCUUGCACCCCCUGCUGCCAUGGCUGCUCCACCAAACAACGACUUUCGGCCUCGAUUUGACUGGUUCCAAACUGAUACAACUGUCCAUCUGGUUGUUUAUACCAAACGAAAGAUCCACAGCUCAGGCUGUAUGACUGUCGACCUCCAGGCGGGUGUUGUUCGAGUGGAAGUGCUUCUUGGGAAAAUGUCCUACAUGAUUUAUAUACGUCUUGAAGAUGAAGUUGAGGAAAAUAUUGCUGUGCACACUGCUUCCUCUGUGGGAAAGAUCCAGGUCACCAUGUACAAACGGAAUAAAGAAAAAUGGAAAAGUCUUGGUCAACCUUUGGAGUUCCACAAUACGUUUCUAUUCAAAAAGGACAGAGCUCUCUAUUAUCGGGAUUGUACACUAGUUUCUAAAACUGAGGUGAAUCAUAACACCCAACUUUUUAGACUGCAAUGUCCACAAGGGACUGUCAUUCAUGUGCCUAUUGGAAAACACGUCUACCUCAAAGCCCUCAUUCAAGGUGGUCAUAUAUCCGUGAGUGGUCCAGAGGGUACUUUCAGUCUUCACCCAUUUCGUGACAUCACAAGACUCUUCUUGUUAGCUGCAGGCACUGGCUUUACACCCAUGGCUCGCCUCAUCCGCCUAGCCCUUCAGGAAGCUGACACAAUCAGACAAACAAAGCUGCUCUUUUUUAACCGACGGGAGGAGGAUAUUCUGUGGCACAGCCAACUGGACAACCUGGCAAAUAAAGACAAACAGUUUCAGGUGGAGUACAUCCUUUCUGAGCCAUCUGACAACUGGACUGGCAGGACAGGCCGGGUGGACGAGAUGGUGCUGAGUGAGCUCCUCAUAAGACCAGAUGGAUCCAGAUGUUACGUUUGUGUGUGUGGUCCUUCAGCCUUCACAGAGCUAACAACAGGGUUGUUGAAACAGCUGGGCUUUGGUGAAGACGAGCUCCACGUCUUCCAAGGAUGACUUCAGCAUCCCUGAAGAAACUGAACGAAGGAGGAAGACUUUGUGCUUUACUAAAUCAACUUGUCGUGUGGGACAUGCAGGAAACCAAACAUUUGUAUUCACUAAAGUCAUGAUGCUGAAAGCAUGCACCACCAGCAGCAGUACUGAUUUGUAGUCACAGUUCAGAUCGAUUCUCGGGGAAACACAUUUUAGUGAACAAAAAUGUCACGUUUUAAAGAAGUGUAAAACAAAAAUAUAAAAAAUAGAAAUAAAAAUUGUAAUAAAAAUA